UAUUCCAAAGUAUUGUUGUGAUUAAUAAACAAUGAAUAAAAAUAAUAUUAUAAUAUUAUUGCUAUUUGCUUUUAGCGCAAAUAACGUUGUGUUCAGUGAAAAACUAUUUCUAUGUUAUUACGGGUCAUGGGCAAGUUACAGUAGUGGUCUGGGCAAGCUUGAGGUAGAGGACAUAAAUACAGAGUUAUGUACACACUUGAUAUAUUCAUUUGUUGGAAUAAACAACCAAGGCACUGUCAUCUCCUUGGAUCCUCGGCUCGACUAUGCAGAAAAUAAUGGAAGAGACAACUUCAGAAGAUUUAACGCCUUAAAACUAAGGAAUCCUAAAUUAAAAACUAUUUUAGCGGUCGGCGGCUGGAGUGAAGGUUCUGCUAAAUAUUCUAUAAUGGCUGCAAGUCCUAAUUUUCGACGGAACUUUAUAGAGAGUGCACUUAAACUUGUGCUAGAUUACGGCUUUGAUGGUUUUGAUAUCGAUUGGGAAUAUCCUAACCGGCGUGACACAGUGAAUGGUCGGGCAGAUAUCAACAAUUUCACUCAGCUGUUAAAAGAGAUAAAAGAGGUGUUUAUUCAGUAUGGUCUCCUUGUGACGGCCGCUGUAUCUUCAGUGGGACAUAUGGCAGUACUUUCGUAUGAUAUACCAGCUAUUUCACAAUAUUUAGACAUAGUAAGUGUUAUGACAUACGAUAUGUAUGGAGCCUGGAAUACAGUGACAGGACACAACGCGCCUUUACAUAAAGGAGAAGGCGAUGAAGGCGCUGUUAAAGAAACCCUAUUCACUGUCGACGUGGCUAUCGAGUAUUGGCUACGAGAAGGAUGUCCACGUGAGAAAUUAGUACUUGGUCUGCCGUUAUAUGGACGAACUUUCACACUAGCAAAUGCAAAUGUAAACUCAGUUAGAGCCCCUUCUGUUGGACCCGGUAUUGGUGGACCUUUCACAGUUACCAGCGGCUUCAUGGGUUACAAUGAGUACUGUAUUUUACACCAAACACAACCAUGGGAUGUUAGAUACGAUAGUCUUGCCAAAGUCCCUUAUGCUAUUCAGGGCAGAAACUGGUUAUCUUUCGACAAUGCUGAUUCUUUAACUACAAAGGUCGAAUAUGCAUUAGACUUAAAUCUGGCUGGUGUCAUGGUCUGGAGUAUCGACACGGACGAUCGUCAUGGAGUUUGUGGAGAUGGAGAAUUACCUUUACUGAGAGCUAUUAAUAAAGCACUAGCUAGUGCUGAAGAUAUUACACCGGAAAACACAUCAACAACAUCUCCGCCGUCUACACCAGCUCUGUCUUCUACUUCAGCUUCUUCUAGUACACCAGCCACAUCUACUACUCCUUCAACCAUACCUACUAGUCCCUCUCCGUCUACUACGGUAUCAUAUACUAGCACUACAACUACUAGGUCAACAACUACUACAGCACCAAAUACUUCAGUUUGCAAAAGUGAAGGCUUCGCUGCAGAUCCAGAAAGUUGUACAUCAUUCUUUAUCUGCGUUGACGUCAACGGUGUUUUAGAACCUAAAAGAUUUCAAUGUCCAGGUAACCUCGUUUGGGACCAACAAUCUGUAUCUUGUAAUUACCAACACAUUGUAAAUUGUACUCUUUAAUGACACAACACUAUUUUUAAUGCUAUGACACUCUGAUCUGAAUACGUUCAUAGUUCUGCAUUUAACACUUCAAAAUUAACUUGUAUCUGUUAUAAUUUUACAUUAUAAACCAAACUUUUAAGUUUUAUUGCUUUUUCAAAUUUAGAGACUACCAAGUUUACUAAGAAUUAGAUUACCAAAUCUUAUACUGUUAUUAUAUGUAUAAAAGAUUAGAUAGUGAUAUGAGAUUAAGUAUUGUAAAUAUAAAAUAUGCCUACUUGAACUGAUGCUAACUAUAUUAUAACAUGUUAUUUUCCAUUACAUUCGUUUAUAUAAUUGUUAUUUUUCACAAGUUUCCUAAAUACAAUUUUAUAUAAUAAUUUUAUGCAGACUAUUAUUCAACAAAUUUAUUCAUUUACUAGCACAUAACCGAUGUCACAUUUAAGAUAAAAUUAUAUAGACGAGUCAUCGAUAUUUCUAGAGCUUAGAACUUUUCAUUUACCAUAGAUAUCAUUUUUGUACAACUAUUUUAUAAAUGUGUUAAUUAUAUACUCGUUAAGUAAAAUAAAUUUAUUUUUGUUUACCGAAAGCUAAAUGUUAACAAAUAAAAAACUGACAUUAUAUCUUUACGUAGUAAAAAACAAAAUCGCCGCGGCGCCGCCGCUGUUUGUUCGCUUAUAUCUUUUAACUCAACG